AUUUUCGUUGUCCAGAUGCAAGCGGGCAACAGUCCAACAAGAGUUAUCAGUUAGCGGCGGUGCUCGUACGUUAGGGUUUUCCUUAUUCUCCUGCUUGCAGGACUGAGUUCGUCCUGUGCAGAUCCUCCGCCCGGACCGCCCCUUUCCCCUCAGAGUUCUUUCUCGAUGGCUUCGGAGAAGAAGAUGUCGAACCCGAUGAGAGAGAUCAAGGUGCAGAAGCUUGUCCUAAACAUCUCCGUUGGUGAGAGCGGUGAUCGUCUCACCAGAGCCGCUAAGGUGUUGGAGCAGUUGAGUGGACAGACACCAGUUUUCUCAAAGGCAAGAUAUACUGUUCGGUCCUUUGGAAUCAGGCGUAAUGAAAAGAUUGCGUGCUAUGUCACUGUCAGAGGAGAAAAGGCAAUGCAGCUUUUGGAGAGCGGUUUGAAAGUGAAGGAAUAUGAGUUGUUGAGAAGAAACUUCAGUGAUACUGGAUGUUUUGGUUUUGGCAUUCAAGAACAUAUUGAUCUGGGCAUUAAGUAUGAUCCCUCGACAGGUAUUUAUGGCAUGGAUUUUUAUGUUGUUCUGGAGAGGCCUGGUUAUCGUGUUGGCCGUCGCCGCAGGUGCAAGUCUCGUGUUGGAAUACAGCACAGGGUCACCAAGGAGGAUGCCAUGAAGUGGUUCCAGGUCAAAUAUGAGGGUGUUAUCCUCAACAAGGCCCAGGCAACCACUGGUUAAGAUUUUUUAUGUCGAAUGUCCCCCAAGACGUCAACUUUUUUCUGUAGCUCAAGUUAGGCUUCUUCUAUUCUCCAUCGGUGUAGCGCGUUUGUGAAAACUCUGUUUCGUUUUUGUUUUUGUUCCUGAGAAAUUGACUGAAGCUACUUGAAUUUAUUUUGUUGCCUUUUGUGCUCUGUUAAAUCUUCCUGUUUAUAAGGGCAGUGGGAAUAUUCUCUAUUGGUAACUGGGGUUGACAGGUGACCUAGUGCUGGGUAGGUAGUUCCAUGUUAGUCUCGUGGCAACUUUUAGAUGUUUUCUGACUCUAUUCAGAGCGGUCUGGAAUGGGAUUAUUCUUGUUUGGUCCUGAA